CAAAGCGUAUGCCGCAGCAAGUGCUUGUUCCGGUCGUCCAAAUCAGUGUGAACCGAACGUUUUGAGCUGCGGAUACCUUUAUAUAGUAUGAGCGAUCAUAAGAUUGCAAAGAGCGAUGCCUCUGCCAGUGAGCGAAGUUCGCCCACGUUACUGCCCGAGGGUUAUUCCCAUUUUCAAGAGGGCAUCAAAUGGGUAUCGGACCUAAUGGAAAUCGAGGAUUGCGAUGCGGAUUGGCUGCUGGAUGCCGAGUUCAUCUGCAAGCGGAUCAGCGAGAUUAUGUGCAAAAAGGAUUGGAUAUAUAAGUUUGUGCUGGAGCACCUGUUAUCCACGGCCACCUUCUACAGGGGCUCCAAAAUUGACGUGCCGCUGGACUUUGAGCAAUAUUUGCGCUUCUACAUGCCUUUCCCCGUGACACCGAUCUUCAAUGCCGCUCAGCCGGGCUAUAUUAAUCUGUAUGCACCCACCACUCAUCCUAUGAUUACCAAAGGCUAUGUGAACCCGGAGAACGUGCAGCUGCUGUUGCGUGGCAAUCUGCGCGAUGCCAUCAAUCAGAUCAAGGGCAUCUACUGCGACAGUGGCGUCCACUACAAGCUCACCUAUCGCACACACGAGAUCGGGGAUCAGGGCUUCGUGCAUGAGAUAUUGGCGUGCGAGAAACGUGAAUCCGGCAUGCCGAGCAUCAUAUCCUUUGUCUUCCUGCCGGCCCUGCAGUUCAAGUUCGCCGACUUCCCCUUGCCGACGUUUGUGCCCGCGGGUCCCGCCUGGGCGCACUGCAACAACGUCUACUAUUGGCUGGCCCUGCUGCAGGUCUAUCCGCAGUACGACCAUCGCAGCUUCUGCCCCUAUGUGCCGCGCAUGCAGUUCAUACAGGACGAGCGCAUGCUCAAGUAUCGCAACGUCCUGCGGCUGCUGGUCAAGAUCGGCAUUGGCAAUAAUAUACCCGAUAUAUCGGAUAUAUUUGUGCUGAAAGGUCUGCACUUUUUUCGCCUGCGCUACAGCAUGAGCUGCGACUGCAAUCUGUCGUUGGCUACUCUCUUUAUGGAGCUGCUCAACAUACACACACAGAUCAUCUACAAUGAUGCCGUGCAGAAGGUGCUCAUCUUUGGCGGCUGCCAGCAGCACUGCAUGCAGGAGGCGCUCAAGCUGGAUGCGAUAGCGCGCAACGUUUCGAUGUUCUACUAUAUGAACUAUAUACACUUGGAGCAUCUGAAGCAAAUGUUUGGACUGAUAUGAAAAGGGCAUUGGAUUACAAAUUCUUAGCGCACACACAGGCACACAGCCAAACAGAUCGUAAGACUAGCAGUGAGCUCACAUUACGUAUACGCAAUGUAAACAAUUGAUACGAGAUUUGUUUGUAUACAAAGAUAUAGAACUAUAUAUGUCUAUAUAUAUAUAUAGCGGGACAAUUGCACAAACACAUUUGU